AUGGAGAUGCUCUCGUCCAGUCGCACCUGGAUCGGCGUCCUCGUGGCUGUAGCCGGGAAUGUGACCAUCAGUCUGGCGCUGAAUUGUCAAAAGCUCGCGCAUACUCGGCUGCAAAAUGAACAGCAUGAUCACCAAGAUUUCCACAGCGAUGAACAAGACGGUUCCACAUUGCCACAUCAAGACAGGCCAAGACCUGCAACCGAUCGUGCUUCUUCCGACAGCAGUGCCACUCUACAGCAUGAUGGACAUACAAGUCCCGACUUUGACGGACAGAAUGGAUCAAAGUCGAAUCAGAAUGCGAAUCGUAACGGCAAUGCCAACGGCAAUGGUAUGGAUACGAUGUUCCUCCACAGCAAGUUAUGGUGGCUCGGUCUUGCACUCAUGACCAUCGGCGAAGGCGGGAAUUUCAUAUCAUACGGUUUUGCACCUGCCUCGCUCGUCGCACCCCUCGGAGCUGUUGCUCUGCUGUCCAACGUCAUCAUCUCGCCAAUUCUGCUGCACGAGCGGCUCCGAAUCUCGGACAUCGGUGGGAUCCUACUUGCCAUCAUUGGCGCGGUCACUGUGGUCUUCUCUUCGAAACAGAACGAUGUCCGUUUAGACCCUGCGCAACUUCUGCAGGCCAUUAAACGGCUCGAAUUCGCCAUCUACACGACCAUCUCGGUGUGCUCUGGUGGCCUGCUUGCUUUCCUAAGUACCACUUCGCUCGCAGACCGUUGGGUGCUGAUUGACGUCGGCACGUGUGCCAUCUUUGGCGGCUUCACCGUCCUCUCUACGAAAGGAAUCUCGUCACUCAUCUCAGGAGGACAGCCGAUCGAAGCUCUCAAGUUCCCGAUCACGUAUGUGCUCGUCGUCGUGCUCGCCGCUACCGCGGUGAUUCAGAUCACCUACUUGAACAGAGCAUUGCAGAGAUUCGACAGUCGAGAAGUAAUCCCGACGCAAUUUGUGUUCUUUACCAUCUCGGCCAUUGUAGGAAGUGCGAUUCUGUAUCGGGAUUUUGAGAACAUGGAUGCUCAUCGGUUGGUCAACUUCUUGUUCGGAUGUUUGACGACGUUUGGCGGGGUGUUUGUUUUGACGUGGAGGAAAGAGGAGCAGCCGCGUCAGGAUCAAGAUGUUGGAGAUGAGUCGUUCGACGAAGAGCGCGCAGAACAGGAUGGCGACGAGGUGACUGAACAUGCGCCCUUGUUUAACCAACAUCGCAGACGCGGUUCGUCGGCGGAUGCCGAGAGCACGAGCAGAACGCCGCGCCAAACGAUCGAUUUUCUCGAACCCGCGUUCACCGAGCGUUGUCCCGGCCCAAGCAACGCACUCCGAGUGCCGAGCGCGACCAAGUGCAGUCCGAAUCGACGUCCAAGAUCACGCACCAACUCGCCACACCAAGCGUCGGCCAGCGCCAAACACGUCUCGACCUCUUUCGACCGAUCUUGCCACCUGUCCAGAUCGGCAUCGAAUCAGCAGCCUCUGUCGUCGUCGGCGGCAGCUGCCGGCUUGAGGACCCCCAAGCUGAGCUUGAUCGGUAUCGAUCGUCCAACCGGAUUGAGUUCGGGCCAUUAUCUUUUGCUCGCGACACCUCCGCCCAGUUUCACACUGCAGAGUGUGACCCCAAUAGCCUCGGGCGGUGCGGCGCCGAAGAGCGCGCUCAGCAGAGGCGGAGCCGGCCACUAUGGCGCCAUUGGCACAGGCGCGCCGAGCAAAAGUGGUCCAGGAGCAUUCUUGCCAUUCCCCGUAACAUCACCUGGAGCAUCUGGUAGCACAAACACCAGACGCGCACCGCGUAACGAUCUCACCACUGACGCCCACACAACGCAACAAACAUCGCCACCAGCGGCAGACCCUACAGCAGAAGCGCUCGUUACACCUGUAACAGAAACUUGUGCCCUGUCGAGCGAUUCAGGUGCAGACCUGACCGCGAGACUCGCCGAACACGUCGCUGAUUCUCGAUCGCAAUCGGACUCACACACAUAG